AUGAAUGAGCAAAGAGUCACCUAUGCAGAGCUGAAGCUGAAACAGGUCUCAAAAAGACCGCAGGUGAAACCUAAGGAGAGUAAAAUCUCCACUACUGGAACAGAGCAGGGAGUAACCUAUGCAGAAUUAAGUCUUCACAAUGCUGCUCCGGAUCCUCAGGAGAAUGGCAAGUCCUGUCACCUCAGAGGCUUAGCAGCACCUCCAGAGAAGUGCAUUGCUGGGAUCUUGGGACUCACCUGUCUUGUCUUGAUAGGCAUUAUUGUGCACAUGUCGGUUUAUACCCGUAGAUCUACUGAAGAACAAGAGAGGAAUGAUUCCUCCGCAGUAACAAACAUCCAGAAAGCAUGUCAUUGUGGCCCUUGUCCAAAGGGCUGGUUUAUGUACUCCAACAACUGCUAUUACUCUAGUAUGGAACAAAAAACCUGGAAGGAGAGCGUGACGGCCUGUCAGAGUAACAACUCUCAGCUGCUCUACAUAGACAAUGAGGAAGAAAUGAAAUUUAUGAAAUCCAUGUCAGUGUUUUCAUGGAUUGGAGUCUACCGGAACAGCAGCGAUCAGCCAUGGACAUUUGUAAAUGGGUCAACUUUCCACGUACAAAGAGAGUAUAGCUCCACUACUGUAGGGGAUCCGGGAGUAACCUACACAGAAUCAAGUCUGCAAAAUGCUUCUCGGGAUCCUCAGGAGAAUGACAAGUCCUGUCACCUCAAAGGGUCUCCAGUUUCUCUCCCUGCAGGCUUAGCAGCACCUCCAGCGAAGUUCGUUGCUGGGAUCUUUGGACUCAAGUGCCUUGUGUUGAUAUUCAUUAUUGUGCCAGUGUGGGUUUAUACGCGUAGAUCUACUGAAGAACAAGAGAAGAAUGAUUCCUCUACAGUAACAAACCUCCAGAAAGCAUGUCAUUGUGGCCCUUGUCCAAAGGGGUGGUUUAAGUACUCCAACAACUGCUACUACUUUAGUGCUGAACAAAAAACCUGGAAGGAGAGCGUGUCGGCCUGUCAGAGUAACAACUCUCAGCUGCUCUACAUAGACACUGAGGAAGAAAUGAAAUUGAUGAACUCCAUAUCAGUGUUUUCAUGGAUUGGAGUCUACCGUAACAGCAGCAAUGAGCCAUGGAUAUUUGUAAAUGGGUCAACUUCCCAUUUAGAGAUAAGAAAGCCAGCAUCUUCUAACUACCACUGUGUUAUGCUACAAUCUAAAUAUUAUGCAGAUAAUUGUGAAGUUCUAAAGAUGUAUUAUUGUAAGCAUAAGAUUUAAAUUAAAAUAAAAAAUCUAAGUUUGGAUUUGUUUGCAUAAUUUUCCA